AUGACCAUAGACUUAUCUACACCUCCAUCCCCAUCAGCUUCCUCCUCCUCAACCUUGGUCCCAGAUGACUACCAAGUAGACCCUGAAAACUACUGGGUUUUUGGUUACGGCUCUCUUAUCUACAAACCCCCACCACAUACUCAGCUCAGAGUCCCUGGCUAUAUUACCGGGUACGUCCGGCGGUUUUGGCAAUCCUCCAACGACCACCGUGGCACUCCUGAGGCUCCUGGUCGGGUUGUCACCCUGAUCGAACAUAGUUUCUGGGAAUCUUUGACUACUGAUGAUAGUUCAAAGAUUGUCAAUCAAAAUGUCCCUUCCGCCACCUUGGACCCACACGCGGCACCACCAAACGGCAAGACCUGGGGGGUUGCAUACAAAAUCCAACCGGAACAUGCCCGUGCCGUCAAGGAGUAUCUUGACUACCGCGAGAAAAACGGAUACACUGAACACCGCGUCGCUUUCACAACCGAUUCGACGUUUCUUCAAAAUCACAAAAAGAGCACGCAAUCGAACUCCCAAAUCACUCUACCCCCCGUGCUCACGUGCCACGUCUAUAUCGGCACCCCAGAUAACGAGGCCUUUGUGGGUCCACAGAAUCCAGAAGCCCUGGCAAAACAUAUAGUCAACUCCCGUGGUCCCUCGGGCGAAAACAAAGAGUAUCUUUAUAACCUCCAUCGUAGUCUUCAAGCUCUGCAUAAACUUGAUCCUGCCGUUGAAACAGAUAACCACGACAAGUCUGGUACCGAGUACUACUGGCCAGACGAUGAGCACAUCACUGAUCUGGUGCGGCUUGCAAAAAAGUAUGACCAAGAAACAAACAUUUAUUAA